AUGUCUGAAUCAAACAAGAAAACACCAGUCAUUAUAGAUUUAAAUAAAAUUCUAAAUUUUGAAGAUUCUACUGAAAUAAAACGAAUGGAGACCGAAUUCGAAUUAAACGGUUGGUGUUUCGUUUUUUUACCAGCCGAACUCAUUCCGGACUCGAAUUUAACAAAGGAACUGUCAGAUUUUUUUCAGCUUGACAAACGAAAAGGUAAAUAUUCGCAACGCUUGGGAAUAUAUGGUUAUUCAAAAGUGAAUCAUAAAGAAGGAUUAGUGCCAGCUACACUUGUUAAACCGUUAAACUAUCUUUCUCAAGUAUUCGAUGCUGUAACAAAACGUUUGAUCGAAGUUCUUGAUCAACAUUCAGUGUUCCAACGAGAACCAUCUUUACCAUCUCUUAUCGAACUUGCCAGUCUUCCUUGGCAAGAAGAAUAUUUCGGUAUACUUGAUAUUGUAUCUUACUUCAAUGCGAAAAGUGGCUUCCGACCGCCUCAGAACGGACAAACCACCGAAGAAGUUAAUUGUAUUCCACAUUAUGAUCCGGGACUACUUUCAAUUAAUGGGCCUUUAGAACCAAAUAUCGGUGUCAUUUGGUUGGGCGAAGCGGCAUCUCGAAUAACACAAAGCCGACUUAAACCUGGUAUCCAUCGAGUUGUUUAUCCUCAAGAAUCCAAACUUCGGCUUACACUCUGGUACCAAUUAUGUACAAUUGAACAAUUAAAAAACGUAAGUGCAGACAAAAAAGACGAAUUAAUGGCUAAUGGAACCGUCGCGUUUAAAAAUCUUCCUGGAUCGGCUCCAAUUACUGUUUCACCUGGUGAAACAAAGCUGGGUUUUUUGAAGCGAAUUGAAAUGUCACAUGGGUUAUCAACGAGUAAAAUGGGUCCACCGCGUUAUAGACUCGAAAAACAUACCAUUGCGUAUCCAACAACUGUGUCGAAAACUGAAUAA